ACGUCCGCCGGGCGAGCGGCGGGGCCGGGCCGGGCCGGGCGCUGCGGCGCCAUGAAGGACUGCGAGUACCGGCAGAUCCCGCCCGGGGCGGCGGCCCCGGCGCCGGGGCCUGGCACCCCCCCGGCCGCAGCCCCCCCCGGCGCGGCGCGUCCCGGCGCGGCGCGGCGGCCCCGGCGGAAGUGGGAGGUGUUCCCGGGCCGUAACCGCUUCUACUGCGGCGGGCGCCUGAUGCUGGCGCGGCACAGCGGCGUCUUCGCGCUCACCCUCGGCCUCAUCCUGGCCACCAGCGGCCUCUUCUUCGCCUUCGACUGCCCCUUCCUUGCCAGUCACCUGACCCUGGCCAUCCCCAUCAUUGCAGCUGUCCUCUUCUUCUUUGUCAUCAGCUGCCUGCUCCAGACAAGCUUCAGAGACCCAGGUAUCCUGCCCCGAGCCACCCCAAGUGAGGCUGCAGACCUGGAAAAGCGGAUUGACAGCAUGGGUACCUCUACAUAUCGCCCGCCAGCCCGCACGAUGGAAGUGGUCAUAAACAAGUACGUGGUGAAACUCAAGUACUGCUACACCUGCAAAAUGUUCCGCCCUCCGCGCACCUCUCACUGCAGCGUCUGUGACAACUGUGUCGAGAGGUUUGAUCACCACUGCCCCUGGGUGGGCAACUGCGUGGGGAAGCGCAACUAUCGCUACUUCUAUGCCUUCAUCCUCUCCCUCUCCUUCCUGACAGCCUUCAUCUUCGCCUGCGUCGUCACCCACCUCACUCUGCGCUCUCAGAGAGAUGGAUUCCUCACCACGCUGAAGACGACACCUGCAAGUGUGCUGGAGCUGGUGAUUUGUUUUUUCUCAGUCUGGUCUAUUUUGGGCCUCUCAGGUUUUCACACUUACUUAGUCGCCUCCAACCUGACGACAAACGAAGAUAUCAAAGGGUCCUGGUCAAAUAAGAGGGGCUCAGAGUUUGCCAAUCCCUACAGCCAUAAAAGUAUCCUCACAAACUGCUGUGCGGUGCUGUGUGGACCAUUCCAUCCCAGUUUGAUAGACAGAAGAGGAUUUAUCCAGCCAGAUGUCGGGACCCCGUCCAGUCCUAAAAGUGAAAUCCCUUCCUUUGGAGCCAAAACUGACACCAGUAUGGUAGGAGGCAUUCCCUAGCAGUGCUGUGAUGUAGCCCAGUGCCUGCUGUGCCUGCACCUUGCUCCAGCCGGUACCUGCCCCUCUUACCAUCUCCCUGGCCUCAGGCGGGACAGCCCUGCGAUGCGGAGCUGUUGGAGACUCAGUUGAGCCAUACGUUGCCUUUUUUUUUUUUUUUUUUUUUAAAUUUUAUUUAUUAUUUUUUUGUUUAUUCGUUUCACUGUGAUGUGCCCUGUCUGGACUUCAGCCUGAUAAAGCCCAGCAGCGUGCCAGACCCUCAGACUCGUGCAGAAAGUGGAGGGUCCCUGCUGCAUUUAGGAAGCAAAUAGGUCUGGGGAGCCACCAGACCUCUGAGCCCGGAGCAUCUGCUCCAGGGGUGGCUGCGUGUCCUGCUGGGAGUGAUGAGGUGGGAAAGGGUGGGAGGUGGGGACUGUUAGAUGGUUCCCACGCUGAGCUGGGCUGUCACACCUCGUCUUCUGGUCUGGUGGAGGUGCAAGUCCCCUGGUAUCCCUGUUAUCUCCAUGAAUGCGUCCUGCUCCCCUGUGCCAGCGUGGAAGGGCCGUUCUGUCUCUUAACGGCCAGGUUCUCGCCUCAGCUGCUGCCCGAGUGGCUUCUCUUUUCCAGAAGCUGCUGUGCCUUGGUAAGUUGGGGCUGUUCAGCUGGGAAGACUCUGGCUCCCAGCAGAUGUGGAAGCUAGCUAGAUGUCUCAGCUGCUGUCGGUCCUAUUUUCUGGCUGGUCACUGAGCAGCUGCUGAAGAACUCUUUAUGGUUGGGCCCCGCCAGUCAGUAAGACAACAUUUUGCAGCAAGGACACAGGUUAGGGUGACCCUCCUUUUAAUGGGGAGGAAGAAACACGCAGCGUUCUGUGGCUCUCGGUGUGAGAUGCCGGUUGGCCAGGCUGCAGUUGUAAGAUUUGGGAACCUUGGCUUGCCAGGAAAGCCCGAUUCUGUCCUGUCUGUAAGAGACCAAAAGGCAACAGCAAAGUGUGUGAAUUCCUGAGGGUCGCAGCCUUCCCAGGCGGGGUUUCACAGAGGGAGCAGUGAGCUGGUGCUGGUCUCUGAUCACCUCACGUUGUCCUUGGUUUGGGUUUUUGGCCGGCAGGCGGGAGCAGGGCUGUUCCCAGCGCCUCGGGAGCGAUUCCCCUGUGCCUGGGCUCAGCCGUGAGCAUCGUGGGCAUCGCUCCGUGCCUGCAGAGACACGGAGGAGCUGGGCCGAGGAGCCAGCUCUGCGUCACUGACACUGGAGUGUGCGUAGGGGAGAGUCACAGACCUUGUUAGCAAUACUUGAAUCAUGUUAUUAAAAGCUGCUGGAUAUUUUUGCACAAUUUGUAGGGUGGUUUUUUUGGGUUUUUUUCUACGUAGAACGUUUUAUAUUCGGUGCAGGUAGCGUUGGUUAGCACCAGGGCGGAGGCUUGCAGCAUCGAGCUGCCCGGUUAGGUUUCUGGGGGUCACACACGUGUAUUUCAACCUCAGGCAGAGGCAGCACGUUUCGGGGGGGCAGCCUGAACCCACCAGCGUCGCGCUUGGCACACAGUGACUGCGCCAGCCCACGCAGCUUGGGGCGCGCUGGGGGACGGUGCAGACACGAGCAUCUCCUGACCUUCUGGCUGGCUGCACAGAGCUCUUGGUGCUCCUUUGCUGUGGCCACCAGCUCUACCUUCCCCACCGAGGUGAGAGCGUGGCGGCAGGUGCUGAAUUUCUGCCGGAUCCCGGCAGAUGGCCCCCGCCACCCGGCCAGAUCCCGGUGCUGCUCCGCCAGCCGCCCCGGUCCUGCAGCUUCGUGCCAUCUCCUGGGCCAGGUGCUUGGGCGUGUUGCCCGUGUUGCAUCCCAGAGGCCACCCUGCCCUUCCCUCCCUGCUUCCCCUGCAGGGGUGUCCCCAGCGGGGCUUGUCCCUGCCCUCAGGGAGCCUUGCCGCUCCCUUCUAGGGGCAGAUGUGGGGCUAGGGCGUGAGGAGCAGUGGGGGGGGGGAUGAUCAGGGGUUCAUUUAAAACGGUUUCCUUUGUUCCUCAAUGUAAUAAAAUUAUAUUUUUAAAGAGUUAA